GAACGCCUGAGAUUACAGAUUUAUGAAAGUUUUUAGGAUAAGCAAAUAUUUCUGGAGGUGAAGUUUGAAUGUGUAGGAUCUCACAUAUAUAGUAUGAAUUUAUGAUUCAUGUGCAACAUUUUCAAGGCCGGUCAAGCCUUUGGUUUUUGACUCUUCCAAUGGUUUGACUUUUGAGAACUUUUUUUUUUGUGUGAGUUUCCUUUAUUUACAAAUUAUGCUCAUGAGUGAAUAUGAUGGAAAUUUUCAACGAGUGUGUUCUCAAUAUUGUACUGUUAGUUUUAUAAUGUGUUUGACAGGAAUAUUAUGGAACACCUUGAACAAUUAAUUUGGUCCAACAGAAUAAAGAACGCCGUCCACGAGAGAUUUUGUUAUUGUAAUGAUGAGAAGAAAUAUUACGUAUCAAAAAAGAAAACGUAUCAAUAGCCUUCGGAUUUGAAUUUGAAAAGAAGUGUACUUAUUAUAUAGAUAAAAACCCUUUUUUUUUGGUUACUUGUCUGACAUAAGUAUCAAUAUAAUGAUUAUCAAAGAUUUCCUUCUAUUUUCUCUAUCUUAAAGCACAGGGAAAAACAUUAGGCAUAUCAUUAAUCUAUAUAGAAUAUAGGAUUCACUAAUCAUUAAAAAUACAGGUUAACUUAAACGUUACACAGCAAGAGUUAAACUUGCAUGUGGAUGUUUAUGAAUGGAUUACGACUACUUUGAAAGACAAGUUACCAUACGAAUUUGCUACCGCAUAACUCACUUUAAACACCACUUGUUUCAUCUUACUCUUGAUCUCGACCAAAUAUAGGAUGGUUCAAAUGCAACUAUGCUAUCUCUGAUUCAGCAUCACGAGGAGUUGUCGCAGAUGAAUGUUAAGGGAUCAUCAAAGAGCUUCAAAUUAUUAGGGUUCAGGUACUUCAGGACUAUAUCAAGCGUUGAAGUAGAAGGUAUAAUAGUUGUAUGGCUUUACGAAACAUCAAGAGGGUUGCAAUUAAGUUUGUUUGAAAGGAGAUAUGAAGAUGUUUCAAUACUAAACAUGAUUAAAAACAAGCUUGGAUUGCUAAACUAUUAUCGAUCUAGCUUUCAUCAUGUCAAAAGGAAUUUCAACGUGACAGCUCAUGUACUAGUUAGAAAGGGACCACCCAAUAACUUUGUUUGGUCAAUGCAGACUUUGCAUUCAGACUACAUUACUUCAAGCUUAAUAUAAUCCUGAUCUCGUUGGAAACGAUGAAAUUGUUAUAUAUGAUAAAUUUGCUUUGUUCAAAUACGUUAAUUUGUCUCUAAGUAUUAGUAUAGCUGUGAUAUUCAAUUAUUUUCAUGGUAUAAUGUCCACAUCUUCUAUUUUCAUAUUUUGAAGUCAACUGUUGAGUUUACAUUUUUUUUUCUCUUGCACAUAAUAUAAAAAUACUAGAAUGGGUCUAAUAAUUUGGGGGUUACAAUUAAACAGGCGCCCCAAUUGAGAGUAAGAUAACAUUUAUUUUGUUGUCAUAAUCAAAAUUUAGCUUUUUUAGUAUGGAUUCCAUCAAACUCUCAACAUCUCAUGUUAUAUAUAUAUAAAUUUAAUCAAUGAAAACCUCGUGUUAUACUUAUUAAAUAGUAUGAUGCAUCUCCGUACGCAAGUGCCAUCAACCAUAUUUUAAGUUUGAUAUAAAUUGUUAAAUUUUCCAAACAAAAAAAAUCUUUGUAAAUACUAAGCUAGCUUCUCUUUAUCUAUGUUUAAAUACAGCUUUCUUUUUGUGUGUUUUGGAAAGGAGAAACUUUGGAAUCUCUUAGUAAGAAAAAUAUGAGCACGAAAAAAGAGAGCAGACUACGCAAGUACAUGAAGGUUCCCAUAAAGAUGGUGGUGAAAGCUAGAGACUUGUACAUACAAAGCAUGAACCAAUUAUCUUCCCAUGACCUUGGCGGCGCCAUGUCUUUGGGAAUACCAGUCUGCUCCGUAAGCUCUCUCUCACGAAGUCUCAGCGCAAGCCACUCCCAAAAUUCUGCGAGGUCCAUAGAGGAUCGUGUAGCUGAACUUGUAAGAUCCGCAUCAGCUAGGAGUACGACCGCUGAUACGCGCCAUGGGCCGUCCACGAAAUUGAGGAAGGCUAAGAGUGUGAGAAGUUGUGAUGAUCAUCAUAGGUUUGAGAGAAUUGAUGAGACAAGUCCUUUGAUUAAUUUCGGGCGUAAUCACAAGAUGACUCAAAGGAGUAAGAGUUACAGUGUUGCCAAUUAUACUUAUGCCCUCCAGUAACUAUUGUAUGUAAUAUUCCGUAUCUUGUGUGAUUCAAUGAUUUGAGUGGUUUACGUAAUUAAGAGUGAAACACAUGUGUGUUUGUGGUACUGCUUUGCCAUAUUGUUGUAAAAGUGAAAACAAAAACGUUAACGUAAUGUCGUUUGUAUAAUAUU